AACAAGCCCGUUGAGCGCUGAUGUGGUCCCACUAGUCACAACAAAGUCACACCCACACAAAGCUCACCCUGUGCCCGAUUUCCGUGCGUAAAAAGGCGCAUGAAUGCAUGGGAACCAUAACGAUAAGGCGUUAAUCGGCAUUUUUCCACAAGGACAGGAGAGACCGCGAAUACUCCCCCCCCCCCCAAAAAAAAGGACAACAGUUGGAGGUGAGCUGUAAUCUUAAAAAGUUUGCCGCUGCCUCUCGGAGUCUGUAGUUUCCACAGCCUGACGCGCGGAGAACCUGGCGCUCUGCGCUCUGUCCAUAUAUGGUCAUCUACGUCACGCAAACGUUCCAUCCCCCUAUUUAACACGGGCGGACUGGAGUCCCCGAUCCAGCUCCAAUAGAGCAAGUCGAGCUGCUCUUGUGCAACCAACAUCAACACCACCACCUCCUCCUCCACUGAUUCACAGACUUCAAAUUCCCCCACAAGCAGCCCAUCAGCUUCCACUGUGAUCAGAUUAAUAAGAGUCGGAGGAGAGACCCGGCGCUGCUCCGCUCCGCGGGAUACUUGGAUACAGCCACUGGAUCCGUCCGCGCGCCUCGUCCUCACCUGUGCGCUCCCACUCCGAGAACACCUGCUGAUUGUGCGGUUGGGAUUUCUGCGCCUUGUCGUUUAUAAAUGUCGGACUGACUAUAACUGCUAUGACAGGGAAACUAGCGGACAAGCUCCCUCUUACCAUGAGCAGUUUAAUAAACACGAUCCCCGACAGUCUCUACCCAGAAGAGGACAUCCCGACGUCUAUGAAUAUUUUUACCAGUACGGAUUCUAUUAACCACUACUCACAGAUGAACACAGAUAAUAUCAUGGAUCUGGGCAUGGGAAGCGAGAAAGCCACAGCAGAGAUCCAGUAUGGCUCCAGCUUCCAGUCUAACCGCAGUGGGCAGACUGUCACCUAUCUGGGGAAGUUUGCCUUCGACACUCCUCCCUCAGGUGGCAUUGGCGCCUCAGGCUGGUGCUCUGAUAACAACAUCAUCAGCCUCGUCAGUGCAGGAAUCCUGGGUGUUUCACCGUCGCCCGGUACGGUAACGACACAGACAUCUUCCUCCACGGCCAACAUGGGCGGACAGACGUCAGACAUGGAGCAGGUGUACGGUCCACCGCUUCCCGCCUAUUCCACCUGCAGCGAUUUGUACCAGGACCAGGUCUCCUUCCACCACAGUCCUGCUACGAGCACGGCCUUAGCGUACCCUGGCAAUGAGUAUCACUCUACAUCAAAAGCCUCCAUGGAUAGCAGCCUGUUCUCCAUGAUCCCCGACUACAACCUCUUCCAUCAUCAGGGGGAGGUUGGUGUGAUGGAGCACAAGCCCUUCCAGACCAUGGAUCCCAUCCGGGUCAACCCUCCACCUAUCACACCCCUGGAGACUAUCAGAGCAUUCAAAGACAAACAGCAGAUUCACCCAGGUUUCAUUGGUGGGCAACAGCACGCUCCCCAGCACCAUCCGCCGCCGCAGACUCUGACACUCAAGCCUAUCCGACCACGGAAGUAUCCCAACAGGCCCAGCAAAACCCCGGUGCAUGAGCGGCCGCACGCCUGUCCGGCGGAGAACUGUGACAGGCGCUUCUCCCGCUCGGACGAGCUCACACGUCACCUCCGCAUCCACACAGGUCACAAACCCUUCCAGUGUCGAAUAUGCAUGCGCUCCUUCAGCCGCAGUGACCACCUGACCACACACAUCCGCACGCACACGGGAGAGAAACCUUUCUCCUGCGAGUUCUGUGGACGCAAGUUCGCCAGAAGCGACGAGCGUAAGAGACACGCCAAGGUUCACCUGAAACAGAAGGACAAGAAGCCCGCUGACAAGAGCGGCGGAGUGGCUGGCAGCCACAGCUCGCCCCCCAGCUCAUGUGGGGGUCCGGGUGGGAACAUCAUGACCAUUACUGUGUGCACUUGGACUGGACCCUCACCGCACUCCAGAAAGAGACUUAAGAAGAAGGGAGCACGUCCACUACGAGACAAAUAGGUGACUCUUCUCUGCUCUUUUGCAUCCCCUGAUCUUCUCACUUAAGAUGGAUGCCUUUAGUUUAAUUCAGACAGGAACGGCUGCUACGCUUUUCUCUUUCAAGCAACUCCGAGCCUCAGCUACUGUAACACAGUGCCAACACACAAAAAAAGGGCACCUUGGCACACUGCAUCCAAAACAGCCACCCUGCGGUCCAAACCUUCCAGGGUGGAGGCACUUGUGUAAAUUUGACUGAGAAUUUCUAAAUUUGAAGGAUAACCAGAAUUAAUCAUAGAAAUUGAAAUUACAGUAAAGCUUAGAAAGCACGAGUCAUCUGGGACAUAUGCAUUAAUUUUUUUUUCGUUGUUAAGUGCAAUUUGUUAUAUUUGUGUAUGUUCAUGGAUUCCUUUAUAGCUGCACUUGACUGUCUUUUUUUGUUGUUUUUGUUGAGGUGUAGUGUUUUUAUUUUUAUAUUUGAAUGUUGUUUUCGCAAGAGAAUGUGCCAAAUGUAUUGUGGUAACAGCACCAACUUUUUUUUUUUUUUAUAUUACAUGCUGCCAAACAUAACAGUGAUAUCAGCUUAUAGCACUGGCGUAGACUUAAAGGAAAAGAUCAGUCCGCCUGAAGAAUCAAUCAUUAAAUGUCAGAUUUAGGUUUGCCUGCACAUUUUGGAUAAAUUUAAAUCACAUUUUGCAAUCCUAAAGAGAUGCACAAAGCAAACCCUGUCUUGUCAUGUUACGUGUUUCUAUAAAACAAAACAAAUCAA